AUGGUCGCAGCCUCUGUUGCUCCUUCUCCCUGCCUGUCGGAGAGUCUCUCUCGCAGCCCCUCUGCCAGCCCGUCCCCCUGCCCGUCUCCCGCCUUUAGCACGCUUCUCGACCUGCAGCCUGCCUCCAAGCAUGCGGACGAGCCUCGCAAGAUGGGACUCCCGCCGAUGCCCAGCUCACCUAUCCCGCGCAAGAUGACGCGUAACCCUUUCGAGCGGUACCUCAGCGUCGAAGCUGCUCGUCAAGGCGGCAGUUGUGGGCUGCAAGCUCGGUUCGCUAUGGCUGUGGGUCGCGGCGGAAGGCAGUCUCGAUCUGUGGCGGAGAGUAUGGAGACGCAGGUGGACGAUGCGGACCACGAGAUGGCUGAGAGGGGGUUUUCUCCCGAGGUGCUGGGCCGGCCGCUGGUGUUAAAGAGGGGCGGGUCGGAGGUCAGCGUGGGUGGUGGUAGAAUGAUGGAUAUGGACGAGUGA